AUGUCCCAGCCACACAAUGGAUACGAGCAGUUGCCAUGGUGGAAGCGGAUUGCGCUUGAUGAUGCGUACCGGCGGCGUAUUAGGAAGCUCGCGACGCAGCGUUACCGGGAGGAGUUGCACCUGCUGCAGGAAUUUCCACGCGAAAUUGCGCCCGCCGCCUGGGAUGACGGCAGACCCAUCCCCCAAUCAUCGCAGCACAUUUGCGUGGAGGAUGGGACGCGUGCGUGGGCCACAAAAUACCCAGAGAGUAUAGUGAAGGUGUCGGGCUUCCAAAAACUGCAAACUGCCGCCGUCGCCACCGUUAUUUCAGGCCCCAGAGCGGAAGAACACGAGGCAUAUAUUCUUGAAGAGGUACGGCGGUUGUACAAUGAAGAGAAGGCGUCGGAGCGUCUCUAUGGGUUGUCUUAUUUCUGGAAUCGUCAACUUCCACCAAACGGUUUUAUUCGUGUGUGGCCCAGCCCUCUAUCUGCCAUGUGGCCCUCGUUACUCAUUUCAGAGCCUUUCACACCCAUGUACAAGACACUUUCCGCCCCAGGGAGUAGUGCCGAGUUGCCACCAGGGAUGAACCCCACGUGUAUGACAGACCCGCUUUGUGUGCAUGUUUUUCGCAGAAAUGGAGAGUACCUUGGGGCUUGGCGUCAAUCUCUAUUUCUUAUUCGUUACAAAGUUAUUUGCUGGGCGUUACAUGAGGAGGAACGUCGGCGCACAUGCGGUGCCGUGGGUCGUCCCGUUCUUGCAUCCGAUAAGGCAUUCCCAGAUGUCGCUACUACGCAAAUGUUAAAAAAUGUUCCGGAAUUUCAGUUGCCUCUUUUACGUCUACAACGUGAGACGGUCACGUUUAGUGCAAAGACGUGCCGCUUGAACCUUCAGAGUCUCAGUGAACCCCUGACAUGGGAGGGUAUCGUGCCUGCCCCUACCACCUACCGGGCCGAGCAGGCGUACCUGAACUGGCAUUCACUGCACAGGAGUUCAGCGGUGGUACGGCAAGCGGUGCGAGAUGUGUUUAACCUGCUACCACAGAAUGAGGAUGGGUUGAUAACAAAGACCACAUAUGUUGAAUUCUUUUUGGACCUUCUCAACCUUUUUUUUCCUAUGCAUAUUUCCUCCGCCAAUAUUUCCAUUGCGGAGGAGGAGUGGGUAUACCGGGGGACAACUGAAUUGAUGAGGUUUGAGACAUUUUAUGAGAAAUUCUUUAGUUUCCCGUUUAUAUUUUUUCGUGAUCUCAGCAAAGUGACGAGGGAUCAGUAUGUGGAGGUGUGGUGUCUGAUUCGUGUCUGUUUGUUAGAGAAUGAAGUGUCUGUCCUCUCCUGCUUGCAGGAUACGGCGGUGUUGGGGCCACCGAAUAGUGUGACAAGUGGCGGACUCUCUUUCAAUACUUUGUCGCCCGCCGCCAAUCCCUCGGCUCCACGCCCCGUCGUCGACUACAGUCGUACACGCCGACCGAAGCGGAUAUUGGAGGCGACAUUGUGCUCCUUGCAGAAGCUGAAGGACUUAGGGCGGAAGAAAGCCCCGCCUCUCAUUGGUAAAAUUUUGGGUGUUUCAUAUGAUGAUAUUCUACGACUAGGGGGGACGAGAUUCCACAACACAGACAACUAUCCGCUACAUAGCGCAAAGCAAUUGGCGGCGGUGAUGGUGAAGGAGAAUCUGCAGAAAUUGAUGCCCUCUCACGCGAUUGCGGUGGUGCAUGCAAAGGGGAAGCAGCUGCUUGCCGAGACCUCACGGGCCAGGCGGCAGCAAGAACUACAGGAACAGUUGCCGAAGAAAGAUAACCCGGGAAGGAGCAUGGACAGUGAGUUCAGCAGCGUGCUUACCAUUGCAUCGUUAAGCAAAAACGAGAAUGAAGGGGAAGAGACGGAGGGAAGCAGCGACUUGGUUAUAAUGAACCGCAGCAACUCUUUUAGGGGACGCUCCCUCGCAGAGAAACGGAGGAAAAAAAUGAUGGGGUGGAGUCACGUGACGACGGGGCGCCACGCGACAUUGGAAAAAAUUGAGGAGGCGCGGAUGAAGAAGAAAUUGAUUGAAACGUCGGUGUUUUACCGUCAUCGACGCCUGCGGCGAAAUGCGGAGCACGCGAAGAUCUUGUCGCAUAUCUCUCGCAGCCACACCGCAUGGGAGGUUUGCCGGCAUGACAUCUAUGAAAUUCCCCCCGAGAAGCCGGACGAGGAAGACAAACUGCUGGCAUUUGUGCAGGACCUCCCAGACGACUUCUUUGAUGAUGAAAAUUCUCUACGGGUGCGGUACGGCAUUCACGCGGCUCUUCUUAAAGAACGUGCUGAACGCUCAAAAAAUUGUUAUCCCAUUGAACCCGUGCUUUCCACGUCAUCGAUGACGAUGGCGAGUUCACGUGACACACCGAAGGGAAACGAGCAGGACUCUCCCGCCACGUGCAUGUAUACUGCAUUGACGGCCGAUGAUACGACGAAUGGCAGUAGUCGUGGCGGUGCGGUUUCGUCUGUUCAUGUCUUUAGGACAAGGCGACGUACCCCAAAUGGGGAAGGAGCGAGCAGAAUGUCAAAUUCCCCCGGUUUGACAUCGCUUGUUGGCGACGGAUCAUCCCCGUCUUCCUCUUGUAGGAUGAACUCAUCUUCAACCCCACCAUCGUCGGCAUCCAGUGGAACGAUGCGAGGGGAUCCACCGGAGGAGAGGAAUGGCAGUCGUGAAAAUGUCAGGGAUAUGGCUUCACUAGAGGAAUGGUCGAAACGAAAGGAGGAGUUGGAACCAAAGCGAGCGUUCUAUAUUCGUUUGAAUUUCAAACAAAAUAUGGAUGUUAAUUAUAAAAAAUUGCUGCAGAAAAAGCCACAUCGUCUUUUUCCGCUUUCUAUGCCCACCGCAAGGAAAGGGGCUCCCUCGACGGUUGUUAAAAGUCGUCUCCAGGAAGGACUCCGCCCGUCGGGAGCUCAACAGACAUUUUGA